CUCUUGUUAUUGUCUGUUUAUCUGUUCUCCUAAAAACAUCAAACACAAAAGAGAAAAAAGAAAAAAGAAAAAAGAGUUUUUAUAAUGGAACUCGAAGCCUUAUCUUUCCCAAUCCUUUUCUCCUUCUUGAUUUUCAUGUUAAUGGUGCUGAAAAUAGGGAAGAAAUUCAAAACCCACGAUUCUUUAAGCCUUCCCCCAGGGCCAUGGAAGCUUCCCAUCUUUGGAAACAUGCACAACUUUGCCUCAGGCCUCCCACCCCAUCGUGCGUUGAGGGAGUUGGCAAAGAAGCAUGGACCUUUGAUGAUGCUUCGCCUAGGAGAAGUUUCCACUCUUGUGGUUACUUCUGCAGAGUAUGCAAAAGAGGUGAUGAAAACCCAUGAUGCAAUCUUUGCAUAUAGACCAAGCGUUCUUUCCUCAGAGAUCUUGUCUUAUGAUUCUACCAACAUUGGCUUUGCACCCUUGGGGAAUUACUGGAGACAACUAAGAAAAAUCUGUGUUCUUGAGCUUUUGAGUCCAAAACGAGUUGAAUCUUACAAAUCACUCAGAGAAGAAGAGCUGUCAAAUUUCAUAAAGUUGAUUGGUUCAAAAGCUGGAUCUACUGUCAAUCUUUCCAGCGUAGUGUUUUCAACAGUUUAUGGGAUUACUUCAAGGGCGGCUUUUGGUAAGAAGUGUGAAGAACAAGAGAGAUUCAUAGAGAUUGUGAAGGAAGUUAUCGAGUUUGCUGCAGGUUUCAAUAUUGCAGAUUUCUUUCCUUCUAUUAAAGUUCUUCAUGUGAUCAGUGGGGUGAGGCCUAGACUUGAGACGAUGCACAAGGAGGCUGAUAGCAUAAUGCAAAAAAUCAUCAAUGACCAUCUGGCAAAGGCAGCAUCAGCAAAAGCAGGGGAGGCUGAUGCAGCAGCAGAUCAAGAAGAUUUGGUUGAUGUUCUCCUCAAAUUUCAUGAGCAGGCCGGUGACACUGAAUUUUCGUUGACUUUUAACAACAUCAAGGCUGUAAUCCUGGACAUUUUUGCUGCUGGUAGUGAGACAUCAGCCAUAACCAUAAUCUGGGCGAUGUCAGAAAUGAUGAAAAAUCCAGAAGUGAUGAAGAAGGCACAAGCUGAGGUGAGGGAAGUCUUCAAUGCAAAAGGGGUGAUUGAUGAAACAGCAGUUAAUGAGAUGAAAUAUUUGAAGUUACUUGUUAAGGAGACCCUGCGACUUCGCCCUCCUUCUGCUCUUUUACUCCCUAGAGAAUCUAGUGAGAGGUGUGAACUUAAAGGGUAUGAAAUUCCUGCAAAAACAAAGGUUAUUGUUAAUGCUUGGGCAAUUUCAAGAGACCCCAAAUAUUGGACCGACCCUGAGAGUUUCAAGCCAGAGAGAUUCAUUGAUAGCUCUCUUGAUUUCAAGGGGACUAAUUUCGAAUAUCUUCCUUUUGGAGCUGGAAGGAGGGUAUGCCCUGGCACCAAUUUUGGCCUUGUCAUUGUUGAGUAUGCAAUUGCUCUGCUUUUGUACCAUUUUGAUUGGAAACUUCCCAAUGGAAUGAAGCCUGAAGAUUUGGACAUGACUGAUAUUGCUGGCGCCACAGUUGGAAGAAAGGAGGAUCUGCAGUUGAUUCCAAUUGCUUAUACUCCCUAGCCUGUUGAAUAAGCAAGCUCCAGCAUCAACCAAAUUCCUUCUUCUGCAGAUAGCUAGUAUAUAUAUAUACAACCUAGUUGGAAAUUGGAAUAAGAUUUGAACUUUGUAUUUCUUUUGGGUUUUGAACUAUCUAAUGCCAUUUUACA